AUGGCUGAUCGUAGCUCUGAAAUCUCAUUCAAUUUUCUACACUGACAUCAGCAUCAAACCUCCUCUAGUCUCUUCCAGGAAAUGAACAGCACGGAUGUGGCUGCUUCUGGAGGGAUGUUCAGCUCAUCAAGCAUGGGUGGAUUCAGCUAUGGCAUUGGAGUCUCCAUAGGUAUCAUCCUCCUCAUCACCACCAUCACCCUUACCUCCUACUUCUGCACAAGAAACCCGUUUUCUGAAGCCGAAGCUCAAGAAGGCCACACAGAGCUUUCUGAUCAACAACACUCCAUUACUAUUGAAGAAGGCUUUGAUGAGGCCACACUCCGGAGCUUCCCAAAGGUCCUCUAUUCCCAAGCUAAGCUCCGCAAGGACACUACCGCUUCUUGCUGCUCCAUAUGCCUAGCAGAUUACAAGGGAACUGACAUGCUCCGGCUGUUACCUUAUUGUGGACACCUCUUUCAUGUCAAGUGUGUCGACCCAUGGUUGCGACUGCACCCUACAUGUCCUGUAUGUCGAAAUUCUCCAGCCCCGACUCCGCUCACGACUCCUCUUGCAGAGGUGGCCCCACUGUCUAGUCGGCCUGGAUGAGAGUAUGUGUUCAAAGCCAUCGUCCUCUCUACAAACUGUAUACUGUUAAAUUUCUACCAAUUCACCACAAAGCUCUCACCUUCUGGUAGAGGCCUCUAUGAUAACUUUUCUCUUUGUUUACUAUC